GGCGCUGCGCGGGCCGGCGGGCCGCAAGCAGGGCGCUGGGCCAGGCCUCCUGACGCGGCGGCACCCCGCUGCCCUGCGGCCCGCCCCGUCCCGCCGGCCGAGGUGCAGCGGGGGCCGGGGCGGGGCGAGGCUUUACUGAGUGACUACCGGUGGGACCCCCGCCCUCAGCGCUGCGGGGCGGCGGCACCUGGCAGGCGGGAGCCGCCCCCCGCCCCCCGCAGGCGGCACCGGGCGAGGAACCGCCGCCGAGCGGCACCAGCCCGCCGUCGGCCGCCGCUCCCGCUCCUCCCCGCCCGCCGCCCGGUGUCAGGUGCCGCGGGGCGGGCAGUGCGCCUGUGCGGCGGCCGCUGGGCGCCGCGGAGCGGAGCCCCGGCGGCGGCGGCUGCAGCAGCAGGAGGAGGCGGCGGUGGUGGCCACCGGCCGAGGAAGAUGGCGGAGCCGGGGGCUGCGCGCAGCUACCCGCGGGCGACAGCCAUUGAUGGAUUUCUAAAAACCGAUGAAAGACAAAGACUGGCAAAGGAGAGAAGAGAAGAAAGGGAGAAAUACCUUGCUGCUAGGGAGCAGCAGAUACUGGAGAAGGAGAGAAGAGCAAAACUUCAAUAUGAAAAGCAAAUUGAGGAGCGAUGGAAAAGACUGGAGGAACAGAGGCAGAGAGAGGAACAGAAGAGAGCAGCUGUUGAAGAAAAACGGAGACAAAAGCUUAAAGAAGAAGAGGAACGUUUAGAAGCCAUGAUGCGUCGGUCUCUUGAACGAAGCCAGCAGCUGGAACAGAAGCAGAAGCGAUGGUCGUGGGGAGGAGCACUGGCUGCAGGCUCAGGAGGGAGAGAUGGUGAAUCAGAAAAUACCCCACCCCCUGUUCUAGGUUUAGCUGCCAACACCCUUCCUCCAGACCCUGUGACCUCUACAGCUCCUGCUGAUUCCUUCAAUGCAUGUGACAAACUUUCAGCUUCUACAAUGAAUCUGCCAAAGCAAAUGGAAUCGCCAAUCAGUAAGCGCCUCUCCUCCUCCACAGCGGCAAUAACACAUUCCCCCGACAGAGCUCACCGCAUGCAUCUUAGUCCAAUGGAAAACUUUAUUGUUUCUCGACUGCUGACUCCCACACAGUCAUCUUUAGCCAGAAGCAGAAGUACAUUAAUGCUUUCUGAGCAGUGCAGUAAUCCAGUAUUCCAUAUCUGUCCUCGUGUAGCACCAGCUAGUCCUCUUAAAUCUCCCUACAAGCCUUCCCCCACCCGAAGCACCGACAGAAAGAAGGCAACUUCGCCCUCCACUUCCGAUGCCAUGAAAGGCGCGGCUGCAGCUGAAAUUACUCAGACUGAGAAGAUAAAGAAAGAGAAGCGACCCUCAACACCCGGUUCAUCAUCUGGUAUGGGAUCUCCUCUAAGAAGGUCUGAUUCUCCUGCUGCCAUGUCCAGACGAUCUGCAUCCCCUGCGACACCUAAGACAGUUGCAAAGACUUACCCUCAGUCUCCUAAAAAUGCCAAACAAUAUCCAGCUUCUCCUGUGAAGCAUCGUGCUACUUCUAACCUCAGCCAGGAAACACCUAAAAAGAAAGCAGACAAGGAGAAAGAGAAUAUCAGUCAUCAAAAAUCACCAGGAGCACGCACUGAUGAGGCAGGCCAGGUGGCUUCUGAGAAGCAUGUGCCUUCUGCAGGAAAGGCUGAAAAUAAUGAAGGGAAGAUCAUGGCAGGAACAACUGAUGCAGAAGAAGCCUCAAAAAUUCUAGCUGAGAAAAGACGACAGGCCCGCCUGCAAAAAGAACAAGAAGAAAGGGAGAGACAGGAAAGAGAAGAACGGGAGAGGCUUGAAAGAGAAGAACAGAAAAGAAAGGCAGAAGAAGAAAGACUUCGUCUAGAGGAAGAGGCUCGUAAGAAGGAGGAGGAAAGAAAACGUGAAGAAGCAGCAGCUAGAAAAAAGGCCGAAGAGGAAGCCAGGAGAAGAGCUGAGGAAGAACAAAUGCUAAAAGAAAAGCAAGAAAAAGAGCUCCAAGCCAAACUUGAGAAACAGAGGGAAGAAGCAGAAAUCAAAGCCCGUGAGGCAGCUGAACAACUUCGUCUUGAAAGGGAACAAAUCAUGCAGCAAAUUGAGCAAGAAAGACUGGAGCGGAAGAAGAGAAUAGAUGAAAUAAUGAAGAGAACAAGGAGGAGUGAAACACCAGAAAUGAAGAAGGAAGAGCCAAAACUGGAGGUACCAUCAACUUUGAAUGUGGAAAAGCAACCAAAGGCCCUUGUUCUCAACCAGCCAGAGAUCAAUGGAUUGGCCGCCUGCCUGAAAAAUAAAAGCUUAGAAAGUGCUGCCUCUGUAAUCCCUUCCCAAGAUGUAGUUGCUAAUGGACUAAAGGCAGUUCCAGGACUUAUUCAGCUGGAAGCUGUUGAUGGGAAAUCCAACAGCAUGGAAGAUUCAGCAGAUGAGGUUCAGUCCAUGGAUGUGAGCCCAGUUUCAAAAGAAGAACUUAUCUCUAUUCCUGAAUAUUCACCCAUGAAUGAACUCAUGCCUGGUGUAUCUUUGGACCAAAAUGGAACGAGUAAUGCCAAGGCUCUUGAAGAUCUCUUGGAUUUCACAGGCCAAGCUACGUACUCCAAGAUGUCCAGCGAUACCAUUAGCCUAGAUGACUGUAACAAAAACUUGAUUGAGGGAUUUAACAGUCCAGGACAGGAAAAUACACUUAAUUCUAUCUGUUGACAACCUCGCUUUUCAGCAGAACAGAUAAAGAGGUAGCAAUUUGUGGAGGAUAUAUAUCCCUGUGAUGCUACUGGCAGUAAAAUAUGAGCUUCAUCACUUGAAAAAGCUUCUGCAGUCCUUGAACACUGGAUUUCAAAUAAUCAGAGCUGAAUAUAACUUUGUCUUCCCAGGGAAUAUGUUGAAUAACUGGCUGCUUUUGGUGUAAACCAAUGAACUAGAGCCUUGAUGGUUUCAGGGAAGGCUGAGUGUGCAUUAGAAUUUGAGCUUUAGCUGCUAAUAAAGCACUUAUUUCUUCUUUUAAUUUAAAAUUCAUCUCAACACUUCACUGAUUUUUACCUGUGCAUUUUAUUUUGGAAUAAUUCUUCCAUAAGUUUUAUUAUACAUCCAUUUAGGCAUCUUUUCUUGUAAAUAAUGAUGAGGUUUGCCCACAGUACAUUGAAAUGAAAUAAUACACUGUACUUUAGUUUUGUGCCUAUCUUUUUUUGUCUUUAAUAAGGAGUAAUUGGCAACUUUCAUGCAGGUGUAUAAUUCAAAACAGUAGCUGAAGAGGCUUGAAAAAUAUACAACUGCUGGAAUCAAAAGAGCCUUCUUACUGACUGUGGAGUGUGGGACCUAUCCCUUUAUGGUUAUAUUGACACUUUUAGUCACUAGUGGCACUUGCUGGUUAAUGUUAAUUAGUCCGGGAGUGACUAUCGACUAUGUGUUUAAAAGCAUACUUGUGUAACACCUGUAAACAAAGUUGGCAAAAUGCCUAGUAUAAUCCCUUAAUAGAUUAUAUGUAGUAUAGCUAUAGUAGAUCCGAGUGAGUGGUCAGGGGGGUGAGAUGACAUGUUAAUCUUUGAAGAUGCAGACACUUGAUUAAUACCAGCAGGCUUUCUAUCACAUGGAGAAGUAUUUUGUCUUCCUAGAAGCUCAACAAACCAAGAUUUAGUCAGCAGCAAAACAAUAUGGGCAUAUAGCAGCGGAAACACGAAGGCUGACACGCACGGGGCACACUGCUAGCCCCCCUUAACGUUCUGUAGCCCUCUAGGUGGGAAAAUUCACAUCAGGAUGUAUGAUGUCUAGACAUUAUGUGCCAUACAGUGUUAACUUUAUUUCUGUUGGUGAACUAUGAUAACUUUAUGCUAGAUCAUAUACGGCUUUGAGGACAUUUGUCCAGUUCCUUACAAGACUAAAUUAUAAAUACAACUGUCUUUGGACACUAACACAAAAGAAGUGAAAACUUAGGGGAGAGGGGGGGCUGUGUUGUUUCUUUUCUCUCUUUUGUUUGGGGUUUUUUCCCACAUGUCAAGGGAGUUCACAGUGUAGCUUGAGCUCAGUUGUAGCCCCAUUCUUGUGCUCUUUAAAGCCAGCAAUGGGAAAGUAACUAAUGACAUUACGUGCGAUGUAUAAAGAAAUCGUACCUACAACAAUCCAGCUCUAUUUAUCUUAGUGUACUUCAGAGAAAUACUUUCUUUUGACUGUGCAGUAAGCUGUAGCAUGGUACUGUGUCUUCCAAAUUAGUCCUUCAUUUAUUUCCUAAAUGAUAAACAAACAAAACCAGUUUGUUUUGCUGUGAUACAUUGUGUUUGACAAACGUCACAUUAUAUUUUAUUAUGGUGUCAUUGUAUAACCUGUAGAUUUCUGUAUUUGCAUGACCUGUAUAGCAUGUAUAAAGGUGAAAUACAUUUUCAUUUAUGAAUCUAA